AAAGACCCCUUGCAUGUGGACUACAUCAGGAAAUUUCUUGCUGAUGCCCAAACGAGAAGCCUUCUCGUUACGCGAACGCCACUCAAAGAUGAAGAAGAAAGCGAUGAAACCUCUUCGACAGAGAGUGGCGCUGAGAACGAUCAAGAAAAGGCGAUGUACUCCAUCAAUUUGGAUGUUCAUUACACCGCGCCGAAGCUCUCAAGCGUCGCGUUUAUCAAACGAGGAGCGAUUGUUGAUGCUGACAAGAAGAUCACUUCACAAGUUCGUGUGAUAAAUUUAAACGAAGGUUCUCCUUACGAGACGCUUCACUCCUACAUCAGCAACGCAGUGGCGCCAUAUUUUAAGUCGUUUGUGAGAAAAUCUGGCAAAGCAGAC